AUGCACGCCAGUCAGUUGCUCCUUGCUGCCUCUGCGCUAGCAUUGGCUACUGCUCAGACUUACAAGAGCUCCUUCACCCAUUACGGCUCAGGCGACAAAUAUAACUCCCCUAACUGCAACAACGGAGGUGCCUGCGGCCUUUACGUCAACGGCUACUCCGCCGCCGUCUCCCAGAAUCUCUACGGCGUAGGUGGAGGGCAAGGCGCGGGACCAGCCUGUGGCACCUGCUGGUAUCUCGUCUCCGGCUCCCACAGCGUGACUGUGAAGGUGAACAAUCUGUGCCCUGCCGGUAACGACAACGCUCUCUGCAGCCAGUCGAGCCUGAGUGCCACGAAUUUGGAGGGCGCGAAUGUUCACUUCGACCUCUGCUCUGAUAGCGGCGCCGCCUGGGCGUUUUUUGAGAAUGGACCUGGACUGUUGGUCGGAACGGCUACGAAGGUUUCGUGCUAG